AUGAGACAAAAAGCACAAGCACAGCCUUGAACUGGUAAAAGGUGUAACUGACUGAAAAACUAUUCAAGGGAAGCUAAGACAAGAGGUUGAGAAGAAGAAAGAGAAACAAGAGAAAGAGAAGCUUCCAUCCCAUUCCCUCCUUUGUAGGAAGCCGAAGGGAAUGACAACAGGGCUAGCUUCCGAUUUCUAGAAUGGGAAUUUUACAAUGCAACACUUUUUCCUUCUACUUUCUUUGAGAUCCAACCCAUCUUCUUCUUUCAGGGGUUCUCAUCUCUUGAGACCAGCAGUAAGGGGAGAGGUGGAGUUUUCCGGCUGGUUCUUAAACCGUGUGUUUCGACGCAUAUAACCUUUUGGCUGGCCGGAAGUCCUUCAUGACAUAAAGAAAAAAAUGCCUUCAUCCCCUGACAGUACUACUGCUGCUGCGUCACCAGAUUCUGACUCUCCACCUUCACCACCUCCAACAUCAGAUUCAUCAUCUUCAUCGCCGCCGCCACCUUCAACAUCAUCCCCGCCUGAGAGUUCUCCACCUCCCCCACCCAAAUCAGAUUCUCCUUCACCACCUCCUCCGCCAUCAGAUGCAUCAGCACCUUCACCAACAAGUUCAUCUUCACACCCACCUCCGCCACCACCAUCUAAUAAUAGUAGCCACAGCACUUCUUCGCCACCUCCACCACCACAUAAAAUAUUGUCACCCCCACCACCUCACAAAUCAUCAUCAUCAUCUUCAUCUUCCUCAGAUGAAAGCGGCUUAAGUCAAGAUCAGAUAAAAAUUAUAGUUGGAGUAUCCGUCGGGAUUGGGUUAUUGCUUGCUCUUCUGAUCAUCUGUGCAGCAACUAUGUGCAGGAAGAAGAAGAGAAAGCAUGAGCAUACGCAAUAUUAUGGAGACUAUCAAGGAGGCGGUGAUAAAUAUUACCAAAGCACAGUCCAGCAAAACUGGCACAAUGGUCCCCACGGAUCAGAGCACAUCAUGAAGCCAUCUCAAUCACCAGCACCAGGCGUUGGCUGGCAUGGACCUCCUCCGCCUCCCCAGAUGAUGAUGAGCGGCGAAAUGAUGAGCUCCAAUUUCUCCGGUCCACACCGUCCUCCCUUGCCACCUCCGUCGCCAAAUAUUGCUCUUGGGUUCAACAAAAGUACCUUCACAUACGAUGAACUUGCAGCAGCUACAGGAGGGUUUGCUCAGGCCAAUUUAUUGGGUCAGGGUGGAUUUGGUUUUGUGCACAAGGGUGUGUUGCCUAAUGGAAAGGAAAUUGCAGUUAAGAGUCUCAAGUCUGGUAGUGGACAAGGAGAGCGAGAAUUCCAGGCUGAAGUUGAGAUCAUUAGCCGUGUCCAUCACCGCCAUCUAGUGUCCCUUGUUGGAUAUUGUAUUGCUGGAGGGCAACGAAUGUUGGUUUAUGAAUUUGUUCCCAAUAACACCUUGGAACAUCACCUCUAUGGGAAAGGUCUUCCGGUUAUGGAUUGGACAACAAGGCUCCGUAUUGCGUUAGGCUCUGCCAAAGGGCUUGCUUAUCUCCAUGAAGAUUGCCAUCCUCGGAUUAUUCAUCGUGAUAUCAAGGCUGCUAAUAUUCUCCUUGAUUAUAACUUUGAAGCCAUGGUAGCUGAUUUUGGAUUGGCUAAGCUAUCUUCUGACAAUUAUACUCAUGUCUCAACUCGUGUCAUGGGUACAUUUGGGUAUUUGGCUCCAGAGUAUGCAUCAAGUGGGAAAUUGACGGAGAAAUCAGAUGUUUUCUCAUUUGGGGUCAUGCUUUUGGAACUCAUAACUGGAAAGAGACCUGUGGAUCCUACAAACGCAAUGGAAGAUAGCUUAGUGGAUUGGGCUCGACCACUUCUAAAUCGCUCCUUGGAUGAUGGCAACCAUAGAGAGUUGGUCGAUUUGCGGUUGGAGAAUAACUUCAACCCUGAAGAGAUGCAGCGCAUGGUUGCCUGUGCUGCUGCCAGCAUUCGCCAUUCUGCAAGAAAGCGCCCAAAAAUGAGUCAGAUAGUACGUGCCCUGGAAGGGGAUGUUUCACUGGAUGAUUUAAACGAGGGAGCGAAACCUGGCCACAGUACUGUGUUCGGUAGUGCAAAUGGAAGCUCUGACUACGAUGCAAGUUCAUAUAAUGCAGAUAUGAAGAAGUUUAGGCAAGUGGCAUUGUCAAGCCAAGAAUUUGGGAGCAGUGAAAUUGGAACUCCAAGCACCGACUCCAGAGAGAUGUCCCCUGUAGGUCGCAAGAACUAAUUUAUGAGCAGCAGGCAGCAACAUAAGCACAUGCACCAAAGACUUAGACAAAGCUUGAAUGCCCAAGUAUUGGCCAUUUUGGAGGUUAAGAACAACAAAUAUAUGCAUGACAUUAUCUCACCAUUGUUUUUAAUUCAUUUGUUGAUUUGGAACUUGUGUUUGUUCAAAGGGUUUAACUUAGAAAAUGGAGAUUGAAAAUAUAAGGACCAAGAUCGCACGCUCUGGAUCUUUCAGUAAUGGAAUUGCUAUUUUUCUUUCAUUUUGUAAGUUGUAGCAUUCAUAAUUCCAUGGACUUCAAGUUCAGGGGCAAA